CUUAAACAAACCCUGAACAAAUACUCUGUUUAUCUCUCUCUCUCUCUCUCUUUCACGCGUUAAAGAUUCUUGCUUUUUAAUCUUCUUUCUUACACGAUCACUAAUAUGUGUCGGUGACUGAAAGUCUCACUCUCUUUUUCCUCUGAAUCAUCGAUAUGCUCUGUUCUUUUAACCUUUGAAACGUUCUAAGUUUAAAGAUCUUGUCUGAAACCGAGAACUGACAAAAUGGGUUUCUUUAAAUUCAUCUUCUUGUUAUCUCUCCUAUGGAGUUUCUACAGUUUAGGCUCAUCUCAACUCCAAGCUUCACAAGCGCAAGUCCUUCUCCAGCUGAAAAAGCACUUGGAAUAUCCAAAGCAGCUCGAGUCUUGGUUCGAUCACAAGACCAGUUUCUGCUACUUACAACCAUCGCCGUCCAUGAACAUCACUUGUUUCUCUAACUCAGUCACAGAGCUGAACAUCUUCGGCGACAAAUCAUCAGAAAAAGCAAGAAGCUUUCAGGGUUUUGCUGUCCCUAACGUGACCUUGUCUGAAAGAUUCUCUAUUGAGUCCUUUGUCACUACACUGUCAAGGCUUAAGUCACUUAGGGUUCUUACUCUGUCUUCUCUAGGGAUUUGGGGUCACCUCCCUGAGAAACUUCAUAGGUUAACUUCGCUUGAGUAUUUGGAUUUGAGUGAUAACUUUCUGUUUGGUUCAGUACCGCCCAAGUUGUCUUCGAUGGUAAAGCUUGAGACCUUCAGGUUUGAUCAUAACUUCUUCAAUGGCACGUUACCUAGCUGGUUUGAUUCAUUUGCAAACCUCAAAGUUCUUAGCUUUGAGAGCAAUAAGCUAUUUGGAGAGCUGCAUUCUUCAUUACUAUCCUUGUCCACAAUCGAGUAUAUCGAUUUGAGGUCAAACUCUCUGAGUGGUUCACUUCCUUAUGAUCUCAAAUGUGGAAGCAAACUCUGGUUUGUAGACAUUUCAGACAACAAGUUAACCGGAAACGUCCCUCGUUGCUUGAGCAGCAAGCAAGUGAGAGUCAAUGGAAACUGUUUGUCUCUAGAGAAACAGCAGCAUCCAGUAUCUUUUUGUGUUAAAGAAGUCCGCGCUGAGGAACAUGCUGAAGCUGAAGCCGAGGCUGAAGCUGCAAAUAGACCAGGACAAAGAGGAUGGAAGAAAGGAGCUUUGGUCGGUCUGAUCAUUGGUGUAUCAAUGGCUGCAUUGGUUCUACUCUGCGGUGUGUUCAUAUUACUUAGAAGAAAAGGAGUCACAAAGAGGCAAAUGAGCCAUAAGACAGUUCAAGAUAGCCGUCCAUCCAUUGGAUUCUCCUCUGAGAUACUCUCAAAUGCAAGGUACAUUUCUGAAACAUCAAAGUUUGGUACAGAGGAUUUACCGGUAUGUAGACAGUUUACCUUGGAAGAGAUAGUUCAAGCUACAAAGAACUUUGACAAAACUGCUAUUCUCGGUGAAAGUUCCUUGUAUGGCGCGCUAUACAAAGGAACUCUUGAGAAUGGAACUAAAGUGGCUAUAAGAUGUUUGCCGUCAUCAAAGAAAUACUCAAUAAGGAAUCUAAAACUGAGGCUUGACUUGCUUGCCAAGCUUAGACACCCAAACCUAGUUUGCUUGCUGGGUCAUUGCAUAGACUGUGGUGGAAAAGAUGAUUACAGUGUUGAGAAAGUCUUCUUGAUUUAUGAGUACAUUCCAAAUGGAAACUUUCAAUCUUGUCUCUCAGAUGAUAGUUGGGGUAAGGCUAUGAACUGGUCAGAGAGACUGACUGUUCUUACGGGUGUUGCAAAGGCUGUUCAUUAUCUUCACACUGGAGUGAUUCCUGGAUUCUUUAGUAAUAGACUCAAGACUAACAAUGUCUUGCUUAACCAGCACCGGUUUGCUAAGCUGAGUGAUUAUGGUUUGUCCAUUGUCUCUGAAGCAACCAGACACAACACAGAAAUAGCAAAAUCAUGGCAAAUGUCAAGGUUAGAAGAUGAUGUCUACAGUUUCGGAUUGAUUCUUCUACAAGCAAUCGUUGGACCAUCUGUUUCAGCCAGAGAAGAAGCAUUUCUCCGAGAUGAAUUGGCAUCGCUGGAGAGUGAGGAAGGAAGGAGGAGAAUGGUGAAUCCGACAGUACAAGCUACUUGUCGGAAUGGAUCUUUGAUACGAGUGAUAGCUCUUAUGAACAAAUGUGUUUCUCCUGAAUCGUUAAGCCGGCCAUCGUUUGAAGAUAUCUUGUGGAAUUUGCAGUAUGCUUCUCAAUUGCAGGCUGAAGAUGGUGAUCAGUAUUAGUGUACAUAGCGUUGUACU